CAGGAGCUCGCUACCGGAAGCGGAAGCAGCUGCUUGCAAGGGGAGCACCACGCUGCUUUUGGAAGCGUGUGAGAUAUUUAUGGUCGGGCUGGGAGGUCGCUGACUCUCGCAAUGGGGAAGAAAUCACAAAAAUCGCAGGUGAAGUCAGGUAACAGUGGGGAGACACAGAGCAAGGAUAGCAAGCCCUCUGAGAGCUAUGUGGCAGGGGACAUUGCAGAGAGUCUGUUUGCUAAGAAGUCAGGUGAGAAAGACUCCAGCUUGCUCUCACUCUUCAAUGCAAAGACCUGCACAGUCCAGGCAGCUUAUGUCCCUGUGGCUGCAACCCCUGUCAAAAGAAAGCUCCCCGAAGAGGAUGUGUCGAAAAAAGCUUUGCCCAAUGUCGUAAAUGUAAAUAUCUCCCCCGCUAAGAAAUCCAGAGUGCUGUCUGAGGGCGAGCAGAAGGUAGCAGACAGAGAGAGUGCGUUGUCAAAUGCGGACGUAGACGAAAAGGUCCAAAAAAAGACUCUCAAGGUGGCGAAGAAGGACGCAGAUGUUGAGACAGCGGUGACGCGGCGGAUCAGGAAGAAGAUAAACAAGCGAGAAGAGGCGGCAAAAAAUAAAAGGACUGUGUUUGUUGGUAAUCUGCCAGUGGACUAUACUAAACCCGCUCUGAUGAAAUUUUUUAAAGAAUUUGGACUCAUUGAAUCUGUUCGUUUUCGUUCGCUGACACCAGCCGAACCCAAGUUAUCAAAAAAAGCAGCCACGAUUCAACGUAAGUCACACCCAAAAAGGAAUAAUAUCAACGCGUAUGUCGUUUUUAAAGAAGAAAGUAGUGCUUCCAAAGCCCUUAAAAGAAAUGGAGCUGAGGUAGCCAGUGGGGUGUGUAUUAGAGUUGAUCUGGCCUCAGCGAAUAAAUCUCACGAUAACAAGAAAUCUGCCUUUGUUGGGAACCUUCCAUAUGAAAUCCAAGAGGAUUCUGUCCGUGAGCACUUCGCAGAGUGUGGGAAAGUUGAAGCCGUUCGUCUUAUUAGGGACAAAACUUCUGGUCUUGGCAAGGGUUUCGGCUAUGUUUUGUUUGAUUGUAAAGAUGCGGUCCAACUCGCUAUGAAGUUGAACAACUCCGAGCUAAUGGGAAGAAAACUGCGAGUAAAACGCUGCGUUACAGAGUCUUCAGGCAAAGCACCACCUAAAAAACUCAAAAUGAGCUUUGAUUCUUCAAAGAAAACAAAACCACAGGAUAGCAAAGCAUUUGUUGGAGAAAUCGCAGAUGUUAAGAAAAGUAUUAAGAAAAAUAAAAUUAAGAAAAAAACUGGACCAAAAAUGUCAAAAGGCACAAAGAAACAGAAAAAGUAAAACUGCAAGUGAGAUAAAUGUGCCUAUCGUGCUCUGGUUCUACUUUUCUACUUUGUAUAGAG